AGAUUGCAUUUAUCUACUUAUUUUUAUUUAUAAUAAUUAUACGUGUUAGGUAGGGGUUCAUCUGCUGCCAAGAUAACCAACGCGAUUCUUUACAUGAUCACCACCGACAACUGUCCUUUAUCAAUCGUGGAAAACAAAGGAUUCAGAGCGCUUAUGAAGAUAACAGCCCCGCAUUACAAUAUUCCUAGUCGAAAAACCAUCACAAAAGAAGUGGAGUUGAAGUAUCACGAGAUGAGGAAUGCAUUUCGAGAUAACCUUACCGCUAGUACUAAUCAUACGUUGACAUGCGACAUAUGGACAGAUACAGGUAAUCAAAGUUACCUUGGGAUCACUGAUCAUUACUUAACGACAGAGCUCGAGAUAAAUAACGGUUGUUUAGGCGUAUUUCCACUGAGCGAGCGUCACACCGCGGAUUAUAUAUCACGAACUUUACGGGAUUGUCUCGAAUUAUUUGGAUUAAAAACGUCCGAUGUUACUGCAAUAGUUACUGAUUGCGGCGCAAAUAUUAAAAAGGCAGCAACUGACACAUUUGGUGUUUCGAAGCACAUACCAUGUUUCGCACAUGUUUUGUCUCAUGUGGUACCGAGCGUCUUGAAAACUCUACCGGAAGUCGAGAGUAUCUUUACUCGCAUACAAAAUAUAGUAACGAUAACGAAAAGGAGCGUUGUUGCAACCGAUGAAUUAAAGCGGCUCCAAAUUUGUAACGGGAAGACAGAAGGUACAGCUUUGAAAUUAAAACAAGAUGUACCUACGCGUUGGAACUCGUCAUUUUAUAUGAUUGAAAGGUUCCUCGAACUCCAUGAAUAUAUUUAUCCAGGUUUAAUGAAAUGCCCGUCUGCACCAGAAAUGUUAACGCGAGAAGAAAUUCAAAUCCUCAAAGAUUGUGUACUACUUUUACGACCGGUUGAAAAUGUUAUUACCGAAAUUAGUAGAGAAAUAUAUCCGACAGGUAGUAUAGCUAUCCCAAUAGUUCGAUGCAUGGAAAAUAUGUUAAACCAUUGCAUACCCGUAACGAAAGUCGGAGAAAAUAUGAAGUUGAGAAUCAUAUCUAAAGUUCAGGAAAAGUUUAAGGGAAUCGAAACAUGCGAAUUAUUAGCAAUGUCGACAAUCCUUGAUCCGCGAUUCAUUUUCGAUCUGCGUUGACAGCAACAGCGGCUAUUGAGA